AUGGAGACCCGAGAAGGUGCUGAUGUUGUUAUACCUAGGGAAGUUGUUAAAAAGGUCCAGGAGAGAUUUGAUAAUGUCUUGUACGGCUACUUCUUAGGUAAUCGGCUACCUUUUCCGGUGGUAGAGUACUAUGCAAAAAAUGUAUGGUCGAAGUUUGGAUUUGAGAAGAUUAUGAUGAACUCCAACGGUUUCUUUUUCUUUAAGUUUGAUUCUCAGGAUGGUAUGCAGAAGGUGCUGGAAGGUGGCCCCUGGUUAAUCAGAAAAAUUCCAUUGUUUCUAAAUGUUUGGACGCCAUCGGCUACUCUAAAAAAGGAUGGUAUUAAAGCAGUCCCUGUGUGGGUGAAACUCCAUAAUGUUCCUAUCGCGGUGUAUACGGAUGAUGGAUUGAGCUUAUUGGCAUCUAAGAUUGGUGUGCCAAAACGUCUGGAUAGCUUCACGGCUGACAUGUGUGCUGACAAUUGGGGCCGUAGCAGUUUUGCUAGAGCUAUGGUAGAGAUUAACGCCGAUAAUGAGCUCAAGGAACAUAUUUUGAUUGCUAUCCCGAAACUAGACGAGGAGGGCUACAUUAUGGAACAAGUUGAUGAGGAGUACGAAUGGAAGCAACAACGGUGUUCGUUAUGCUGUAUUUUUGGUCACAAUGACCAUAAUUGUGCAAAGAAUACCAAUGCAAAGCUUAAGCAGGUAGUGGUGGAUGAGGAGGGCUUUGUUACGGAUAAAAGGAGACUAGCUAAGAUGGGUAAGAAACAAAAACCAAAAGUUAUUUACAAACCAAAGAUUAAAAGUCAGCAGCCAAGUACGUCGGGAACGAAGAAUGACACGGGAUCUUAUACUACAUCAGGUAAUGUGCAUGUUAAGAAUAACUUUGAUGUGCUGGCCAAAACGGAUGAAGAGAAGGUGGGAGAAAUCAAGAAUCCUAAGGCUAAUCCGAAUGAAGAUAAGGGAAAAUCAAGUCGGCUGGAUGACGAAGUGGAAGAAGUAAUUCCAACGGAGAUGUCAAACUUUAUGAGGAAUGCGAAUCAUGAUACACAAGCUGAGGGGGCAAGCACUCCCGGUCACAUCGGUUUGAAUGGAUAG